AUGUAUAGCAUCAAGUUCCCCACAGAAUUAAUUAAAAAGAAGGUUUACGAACAUACAAUCGCCUAUAAAUUUAAGUGGAGUAAUGGCACCAUAUCUAUUGAACCCAUGAAUUAAUUGACACCUCAAAUGCUUGAACUUGUGCAUGAAUAUGAAAUGCAGUAGUACCACCAAAUACAUAAGAAAGUCAAACUUAAUUCACAUCAAAUUUCCCCCAAAUCUUCUAAUAAUUGCCUUCCAAACUCAUUUACAGAUUUCCAAUAAUCAUCCUUGAUUAAAAAACAACAACCGUCUAGACUUACUAAUAAGGCUCCUGUGAAGGCUCCCCAGAAAAUCCUACCCUAGGAUAUAAUCUAAUAGAAAGAAGAAUCUAACUCUAAGUUAUAUUUGAAAAAGACAUUUACUAAACACUCUCACUUACCAAGACCUAAUAAGUACUGUGUAAUCAAGAACAUAAGGAGAGAGAACGGAGAUAUUUACUUAUAGAUAACUGAUGAUUAGACAAAAUGGAUAAAAUUGGAAGAUCUGAAAAAAGAUUCCCCAAUUACUCUGUGUGAUUAUUUGCUGUCCAAAAUAAGAUUCAAAUGA